AGAGAACGGGGAAAAAAAGGCUAUGAACAGCAUCGCCAGCCUGUGUGACCUGCCGUCUUAUAAAAUCCGAAUCGAACCCAGAAGAGGAAAAAGAAAAGAACUUCGAAUAGAAAAAGAGUCAAUUCUAUGUCUUGGGUUUUUUAAAUAACAUUACCCUCUAUCACAAUUAUCUGUCCCUCUCAGAUUUCUCCUUGGGAUGGAGUUCUUCUGGAAGCUUCAAUUGUGAAGAGAUAGAGGGCCAAAUGGUCGGGUUUUUAUCAGAACCCGGUAAUGCUUGGUCCUGAAUUUGAUUCAACUAGGGAGGUUAGAUUUUUGUGCUCUCGAUCCUGCUCAUGACUCUGCCGUUGAUAUCUUCAAGUGGGUACCCGGGAGAAUUCGUUCUUGUACCUUGUUAUCGCUGGGGUUUUAGGUUGAUUUGAGGGUUUAGUUGAUCAAAAGCUUAACUUUGUGAAUUCUUUAAGCGAAAUCGGAGGACUGGAAUAAGAUCCAUUUGCGGAAUUUUAUGUUAUAGCUUUGCAAACUUGUUUCUUUCUCAUCAUUUGCGGACUUUUAUGUUAUAGCUCAAAGAACUUGCUGUAUGUCUUCAUCAUAGGACUCGGUUUGUGGUUGAAUUGUCUAUAAAGACCGGUUCUUGAUUCUGGGUCCUUAGGUUUUUUUUUAUUUUAUUUGAAUUGAACCUUGAGUUUCAAUGGCUAAUCCACCACAGCCUUCCGUUGGAUACGCUGUCACUAUCACUCCCUCAAACCCGCCCACUGAGAAAAGUCCGAUUCCUCCUCCUCCUUCAAUUUCCCCCACACCUCCCAGAUUUCCCCCGCCAAGAUUACAAGAUCAGAAUGCUUCACCUUCAAGGGAAAGCCCAAAUUUACCAUCUCCAGCCAAUGGUGUUAAAAGUGGCAGCCCCAUUCCUCAUUUAAGCACCCCCCCUGGACCUCCUGUCUUUACGUCGCCAGUUCGCCCUGCUGCUGUGCCUUUUCGCUCUUCACCUGCAUCUCCUCAGCCGGUUGCAUUUUCUUCAGGAUCAUUUUUGCCGGCAUCUUCACCUUCCCACUUUUCAAAUGGAUUGGUCGAGUUGCAACAUCAAGUUUCCGACGUUACAGAGAUCUCAAUACCAGCUGGGGAAUCUCCAUAUGUUCUAUUUUCAGCUCAUAAGAUUUUGAAUCAGAAAAAGCAAGCUAAUGUACCCAGUUUAUGUUUUGGGGCAUUGGUGUCUCCUGGGAGGGAGAUUUCUCCUGGUCCUCAGGUAAUACAACGCGAUCCCCAUCGUUGCCAAAAUUGUGGGGCCUAUGCAAAUUUCUAUUGCAACAUACUACCUGGCUCAGGACAGUGGCAGUGUGUAAUUUGUGGCGAGCUGAAUGGAAGUGAGGGCGAAUAUGUAGCUCCCAGCAAGGAAGAUCUUCGUAACUUCCCAGAACUGUCAUCACCUAUGGUUGAUUAUGUUCAAACUGGUAACAAGAGACCUGGUUUUAUUCCAAUUCCCGACUCCAGAAUAUCUGCACCCAUUGUUCUUGUCAUAGAUGAGUGCUUAGAUGAACCCCACCUCCAGCACUUACAGAGCUCCCUACAUGCAUUUGUUGAUUCUCUGCACCCAUCAACAAAAUUAGGAAUAAUUUUGUAUGGCCGCACAGUAUCAGUUUAUGAUUUUUCAGAGGAAUCAAUUGCAUCAGCUGAUGUGCUUCCUGGUGACAAAUCACCAACUCAGGAGUCGUUAAAAGCAUUGAUCUAUGGAAGUGGCAUAUAUUUGUCACAAAUUCAUGCCUCAUUAUCAGUAGCUCAUGCUAUAUUCUCAUCACUGAGGCCAUACAAAUUAAACCUUCCAGAAGCUUCUAGAGACCGGUGCUUGGGUACGGCAGUUGAGGUUGCUCUUGCGAUAAUUCAAGGGCCUUCAGCAGAAAUGUCUCGAGGGGUAGUUAAAAGGUCCAGUGGAAAUAGUAGAAUUAUUGUGUGUGCUGGUGGACCUAAUACUUAUGGUCCUGGAUCUGUCCCUCAUUCGUUUAGUCAUCCGAAUUAUCCUCAUAUGGAAAAGACAGCAUUGAAAUGGAUGGAACAUCUAGGUCAGGAGGCUCAUCGGCGCAAUAUAGUGGUUGACAUUCUAUGCGCUGGAACAUGCCCUUUAAGAGUUCCUGUGUUGCAGCCUCUCGCAAAAGCUUCUGGGGGUGUUUUGGUUCUUCAUGAUGACUUUGGAGAAGCCUUUGGAGUAAACUUGCAGAGAGCAGCUACGAGGGCAGCAGGUUCUCAUGGUUUGUUAGAAAUACGUUGUUCCGAUGAUAUUCUUAUAUCUCAAGUUGUGGGUCCUGGUGAAGAGGCACAUGUAGAUACUCAUGAAACCUUUAAGAAUGACUCUUCUUUAUAUAUUCAAAUGCUUAGUGUUGAAGAAACACAGAGCUUCUCACUUUUCAUGGAAACUAAAAGAGAUAUCAAGAGUGAUUACAUAUAUUAUCAGUUUGCAAUUCGGUUUUCAAAUGUGUAUCAAGCUGAUAUAUACAGAGUUAUUACCGUCAGAUUGCCAGCUGUGGAUAGUAUUUCAGCAUAUCUUGAGAGUGUUCAAGAUGAAGUGGCAGCUGUUCUUAUUGCCAAGAGGACCCUUUUGCGUGCCAAAAACUAUUCCAAUGCAGUUGAUAUGCAGUCAACAAUAGAUGAACGAGUUAAAGACAUUGCUUUGAAACUUGGGUCCCAAGUACCGAAGUCGAAGCUUUAUCGGUUCCCUAAAGAGCUCUCUUUACUCCCAGAGCUCCUAUUUCAUCUCAGAAGGGGUCCACUUUUGGGAAAUAUUAUUGGCCAUGAAGAUGAGAGGUCUGUAUUACGGAAUCUGUUUUUGAAUGCAUCCUUUGACCUUUCACUCCGUAUGGUAGCACCUCGUUGUCUAAUGCACCGGGAAGAAGGCACUUUCGAGGAACUGCCAGCUCAUGACCUUGCUAUGCAGUCUGAUGCAGCAGUUGUUCUUGACCAUGGCACGGAUGUCUUCAUUUGGCUGGGUGCUGAACUUGCUGCCGACGAGGGAAGAAGUGCUGCUGCUUUGGCAGCUUGCAGAACAUUGGCUGAAGAGCUAACUGAAGUGCGAUUUCCAGCUCCUCGGAUUCUUGCUUUCAAGGAGGGGAGCUCUCAGGCUCGGUAUUUUGUCUCUCGACUCAUACCAGCACACAAGGAUCCUCCAUACGAGCAGGAGGCAAGAUUCCCCCAGUUGCAGACUUUGACAACAGAAAAGCGAAUGAAACUGAAAAGCAGUUUUCUUCACUUCGAUGAGCCCAGCUUCUGCGAGUGGAUGCGAAGUUUGAAAGUGGUACCACCAGAACCAAGCUAAGAAGUUUUGAAAGAGAUUUUGCUGGCCGAUGUACCUCUGGGACGAGUCUGAAGAGUUGGCGUCCUUCCAGCACUGGUUGGAAACUUUAGUCAUCUGUUUCAUUUGUUUUUCUUUCCAUUUUCAGGAAUGGUACCUCAAUGCGGUCCAGACUGGCAGUGGUGGUCAUAUUGAUAAUUUGAUGCCAUCUCAUCCUUCCCUUCCUCAAUUUUUUUUGUCAAACUUGUAAGGAACGUUUAUUAUACAUAACUAUUUAGGAGUUUGAAAUAUUGUCUGAUCUGGUUCUCAGAUAAAAUGGCUUUUUACAUUGUAAUAAAGAUGUACCAUGUUGAUUCAACUUUGUCAUCCA